GUUCUCCCGGAUCGUCGGCGGCCUCGGCCAAGGCAAGCGUCCGCCGCAUUCGCCGACCGUGUCGCCCGGGGCCCUUGGGCCACACUCGGCCCCCGGCCCGGGGGGAGCCUCGCCGCACGGCCCCAGCACCGCCAGUGACCCGGAGCGCCGGCGCCAUAUCGACUCGCUGGGCCAGUUCCUCCCGGCCCCGGACUUCCAGCUGCUGACCCUGGAGCCCGACGCCGUGUUCGAGGUGUCCAACCCCCGGUUCCCGACCGACAGCCUGCGCAUCCACCUGUCCUCCACCUUCCCCCAGACUCCGCCGGUGCUGAUGCUCAUCCACCGUGACCGGAUGCCGGAGCCCUUCCCCCACCCGGCGAUGGCCACCUGGACACCGUACUAUUCCCUCCUCGGGCAGGAGAUCCAGCGCGUGGUAGCCGACCUGCCCUGGGGCGCUGGCGGCCAAGCACAGGGCCACAUGCCCGGCCAGGCUCCCCAGGGCCAGAUGCCCGGCCAGGCUCCUCACGGGCAAAUGCCCGGCCAGGCCCCAGGGCAGGCUUCCUCCCCCUAUGGCGCGGCGCCCACCCCCUACCCCUAUGGCGGCGGAUCGACCGGGGCCGGCCCAGCAGCCGGCGCACACGGGUCCACCGUCAAUCCCUACUCCACCGCCCCUGGCGGAAUGCCCACCACCCCGGGCGGCAGCGGGUACGCCGGAUCAGGCUUCCCCGGGCAGCAGCCGCCCGUGGGCCACCUGCCCCAGGUUGUCCCGGGCCCGCUCGCUGGCCAGCAACAGCAUCCACAGCAGCAGCAGCAGCAGCAGCAGCAGCCGGCCUCCUCGUCGUACGGCCCCGGGGGCAGCUUCGCCGACCUGACUGCCUCGACGGGGUCGGCCACCGGGACCUCCCCCCGGGUGGGCCCCCUGUCGACGCGCAUCUCCCGCGAUCAGGUCACCAUGGAGCUCAGCCGCCUGGACAUGGAUAUCAUUCAGAUGCUGGCCACCGGCGGGGCCCUCGGCCAGUGGGCCGUGCCGGACCUGGUGGAUCUCUUCCUGGAUGGCCUGCUGCAAAGCACGCUGGCCGAUGUCCCGGACUUCCCGAUCGAGCUCGCCACCCAGGACCCGGCCUGUGCGGGGGCCAGCCCGGCGACGGCCUCCGAGGCCAGCAGCCCGGCCGUCACCGAAUCCGACGGCGGCACCGGCAGCGGUGACCCCCCGGGCGACGACCCGUCCGGCGGCCUGAGCACCAUGUCCGGCGAUCUGCGGAGAGACCUGCCGGCCGUGGGGGCCUCCUCCCCCCCCGGGCAGGCGGCGCCCACCCCGGAGGAGAUCACCCGGGCCUACGUCGAGUCUACCCUCCUGCCGGUGGAGGACAUCGCCGCGGUCAUCGCCGCGUCUGUUUCCCACCCGAGCUCCAUCAUUUCCGGCCUGGCGCAGGAGGCUGCCCGACUGGAUCAGUGGUCCGAGCGCAAUGCCCUGCUGGCGCGGAGGAACUUGGAUCUGCUCGGCGAUGCGGAGCUCCUGCCGCGGUCGCUGCUCGGGCCCGGUGCCGAAGAUCUGCAGGCGCGUUUGACCGCCGCCGCCGCGGCCGCCGCUGCCGGGCCCGCUCUCCCGGGCGCGCCGGCUCCCCCGCCGGCGGAUGCCACCCUCGCCGGCCUGGCUGCACGCCACGCCCAGCUGGCCAGCCAGCAUGAGGACCUCCGUGCCGCGGUGGCCGCCCGUCGGGCGCGACUCCACCAAUUGCUUGCGCACUACUCCCUGCAAACCGUGCACCAGGCCCUGCAUGCUGAAGCCAGCGCCGCCGAGCAGGCGUCCGAGCAGACGCGGCAGCAGCUUCUGGCGCUGCGCGCCGCGAGCGAUGACGACAUGGAAGCCGCUCCGGACAUGAUCGAGCAGUUCCGUCUCCAGCGCAAGGCUCACCACCGGGCCAAGCUGCUGGCCACCACGCAGCUCCACUCGCAGCUCCGGCUGUGAGGUCGGGGCGCAGCUAGAUUUCCUUGGCACCCCCCCCCCCCCCCCCC